AUGCAGCAAGCUUGGGAUCGGACGAGUGGCACUGAGAGUGUCAAAAGAGGCCAUACAAAAAUGCUGGGAAAAGGACAAAGUGGCGGAUACCCAACAACGACAACGAAUGAACUCCUGCAGAGCAUCAGUGCGGUGCCUUUGGACAGCGCUGAUAAGAAGAGCUUCCAGGUAGGCGGAGUACAGGCGGGGCCCCAGCUGCAGAACCAGCAGCUCCUGCUGACCCCAGCCAGCCUCCAGCUCGCUCAGCUCCAGGCCCAGCUCACCCUCCAUCGCCUGAAACUGGCCCAGGGUGGCAAUUCAGCCACUGCUGCCACUGUUCUCAAUCAGGUUCUUUCCAAUGUCGCCAUGUCCCAACCCCUGUUCAAUCAACUACGGAGCACUAUGGUUGGGAACCCUCAGGGUACCUUCCCCACGGGGAUGCUAGGUUUUUCCUCUUCAAAUUCAGGGUUGGGAGCCUUGGUUGGCGGGGGAUUCAACCAAAACCCAGGGAAUGUAAGAAUGAACCAUCCUGGUGGAGGGGGCACCGUGGGCCAACAGGGUGCGGAGUAUGGUAAAACAUCAACGUCAACUUACCCUUCUGAUACUGACAGGCGUGCUCAGUACAACUUAGUUGGUGGGACAUCUGGAGCAUCUACCACUGCUGGUGAUGGACAGUACACGGUGAUUAACACUCAGGCAAAAAACAUGAACAAUGUUGGUUUUCAGAGAGAUUUCUACGGGCGCGAUGUGCUCGGGCAACAAGCUGGGUUUAGUGUUAAUGAGCAGAACAUGAAUGUUUAUAACUCCACUGGGCAUAAGGAGCAAUGGAAAGGCCCCGCUAGCUUGAGUCACACUGGAGGGGUGGAUAGGGUUUCUAAUGCUGCCAAUGUGUGGACAGCAGCUGGGCAGCCAAUUCGGUCCAGAACGGAACUGUAUAACCCAGAGGAGCCGACCCCUGACCCCAAGUUUAAUCCCAGCAGUGGGGUUUCCUCUUUUGCUUCGAGUGGCUCGCAGGGGUUUGGGGGCUACCAGACGCUGCAUGGAAAUGAGGAAACCCUAUCUUCAGGUACCAGGACACUUCAGCCCUACCAAGUCAAUGAUUACCAUGCUGUCACUCCCACUCAACUGCCACAUCAGUGUAGCAUCUGUGACAAGAAGGUCUACAACCUGAAGGACUGGGACCAGCACGUGAAGGGAAAACUACACCUGCAGAACCGUACCUUGUACACAAACGACAACUCAGCUGGAGCUCUUCACUACGCUGCCGGUAGGUCUUCUGAUGGAGGCCUGAACCCUGGAGGGACGAACUCCAUGGUCUACUCUGCUGCAAGUCAAGAUGUAUCCACAGGAGCCAAUGCAUCAUAUUUGCCAGUUGCAGCCAUGACGACUUAUCCCACUUCAGACACAGGAUUCGUCUCACACCAGCCCGACUCAAAGCCAUUUCCAUCCAGAAAGGCCACAUCUGGGCGAGUCGUCCACAUCUGCAACCUCCCUGAGGGCAGCUGCACAGAGAAUGAUGUCAUCAACCUGGGACUACCCUUUGGCAAAGUCACCAACUACAUCCUCAUGCGCUCUACUCAUCAGGCGUUUUUGGAGAUGGCGUAUGUUGAAGCAGCUCAGGCCAUGGUUCAGUACUACCAACUAACUCCAGCUAUGAUUAACAGUCAGAAACUUCUUAUACGAAUGUCCAAGAGGUACAAGGAGCUGCAACUCAAGAAACCAGGUAAAGAUCUCCAGUCCAUCAUCCAUGAUAUCACCUCUCAGCGGGAUAGGGAUGAAAUGCAAGAACAUGAACACUACAUGCCAGAGAGAGCACGCUCCCGCAGCCCGAUCAGCCGCUCGCUGAGUCCUCAUUCCCACAGCCCCAGUUUUACAUCAUGCAGCUCAGCCCACAGCCCCCAGGGAGCAUCAUGCAGGGGUCCGGAGAGAAACAGCAAUGGCCUGGGCCCCCGCCGGGGCUCUUGGGAUUGGUCAUCACACUUAAGAAGGGGCGAGGACGAAAGGGAGAGGGAUGACCCAUGGAGGAAUGGGGGCAGUGCGGAUGACGAUCGGCAAAAUGGACGUGCAGUUGAACGUCGGAAGGCUUACCAGAAACCCUUGGAUCAUAUCAGCUCUAGAUCUGCAGAUGAGCGAGGAGGAGGAGGAGGAGGAGGAGGAAGUGGAGGUGAAGGGAUGAGGGGCACCAGAGACUGGCACCCACGAGGCAGCCCUCAAGGCAUGUCCUUCAGCUCUUACAGGAACAUGGACGACGAUUUCUACACGAAGGAACAAAUGUACAAGUCGGACAAGCCACCCAGACCUCCAUACCAGAGGCACGAACCCAAGCCAAAGAGGAGGGAUGGAGGUGACUACCACAGUAGGUCGAGGCAUUCUGAGUUUGAGGUAAGUGAGGAGCCACUUCGCAGAACACAAGAAGACAAGAGGCAGGGAUCACCAGGCAAAGACAGGAGCAGAAAGACAAGCCGGAGGUACAUCACUGCGGAAAAACAUGAGAAGGAAAACACUACAGAAAAUACUGAUCGCAAGUCAAAAGAAAAAUCAGUUUCACCUCAGCAAAGCAAUAUCACAAAAGAGUCUACUGAAUAUAGUAAAGAAAGAGAGAAUGUGAAGGAGUGGGUAAGUGGAGAAGACACAGAUGAAGAGUGUUGGUAUCCGAAGAACAUGGAGGAACUGGUCACUGUAGAUGAAGUGGGAGGAGAAGAUGAUUCCAUAAUUGAGCCGGACAUCCACGAGCUGGAAGAGUAUGUAUCCUGCCCCAAAAAGUCGGCAGAGGAAGAAGCAGCGGAGGAGCAUAUACCACCACCACCUAUCUCCUCCUCCUCCUCCUCCUCCUCCUGUGAGGUGCAGGAGACAUCUAAUGAGGAGUCCAACCAGGAAAAGCUCAGUGAGGAUGCUGGAGACCCGGCAGAAACAUCUGUAAAUGAGAAACCAACGAGUGUUUUAACUGCAGCCAGUCCUGAAGACCAGACACUCAGUCCAGCGACUCCUGAGCAACCAAUCGGUAACCUUUGUGACUUCCCCAGUGAGGAGUUCAAGGCUGCGCUGGAGGAUACAUGUUUAGAGGAUAAAGUAACCAAAAGUGGGCCAUCAGAGGAGCCAAUGGAAAAUCACAUUUGUGUAUUAGAGGACAGCAAAACCCUGGAAGUAGGACAGGUCACGGAAACAAUCAAUAAUGGGGUUCAACACAAGGAUGGCAUUCUUAAAAAAGAGAUCGAGGCCCCCUCACCAUCUCGUGAGCAAGACAAAGCUGUCAGUGAACACAGCAUCCCUUUGGGAGUGGAGUUCAUAGUGCCGAGGACUGGCUUCUACUGUAAACUCUGCGGACUGUUCUACAACAGCGAGGAGACUGCAAAGACCAUUCACUGCCGCAGCACCGUACACUACAGGAACCUACAGAAAUACCUGUCCCAGCUGGCAGAGGAGAGUCUGUCGGGGGUUCUUGCUGAAACUUCAGCUGCACAGUGACAUCUGCUUG